CAGGUGUCAGUUCUUGACCGAUAGUGGCCUGGUCGCAAGUUGGCUGUGAUACUGACUUUGACAACUGAACGCGAUGUCUGACCAGAUGUACGUCAAGUAGUCGCCCGCGAAAAUGAGACAUAAAGGAGAGUGAUAGUGGGACUCUUUCAAUUUUUUUUCUUUAGUGUGAUAGUGUCCAAUAGUCGUAGGGGAGAAAUUUUCGACUUUCUAAAAUGACUUCCACCGGCCUAAGGAGCGAAAACUACAGCGACGACAACUUUUCAGACGAUGAAAGUGUGCCACUCACUGAAAAUAUUUACGGGGGAAGUACAAGAACCGUCCAAGAAACAAAAGGAUGGGACGUCUUCAGGGAUCCUCCCAUCAAGGAGGAAUCUGGUUCUAUGGCGAACCAAAAGUGUCUGGAGAUCACCGUGAAAAUCCUAAAGGUGGUAGCCUAUCUAGUAACCUUCAUAAUAGUCCUAGCGAGCGGGGUGAUAUCGAAAGGAACCCUCUUGUUCAUGACCUCACAAAUCAGGCCCGACAGGGUCAUCCAAUACUGUAAUAAGGAAUUAGGUAGAGAUAAGCAAUUCGUAGUUAAAUUACCAACGCCCGAAAGGGUGGCGUGGAUGUGGUGCAUCUUCAUCGCGUUCUCAGUACCACAACUGGGGGCCUUGUUCAGAUCGACGAGGAUGUGCUUCUUCAAAUCGUCGAAGAAACCGCCGUUUUCGCAUUUCCUUACCAUAUUCCUGACGGAAACGGGUCACACGAUAGGCUUGGCCCUUCUAAUGUUUCACAUCCUGCCUGAUAUAGACGUAGUCAAGGGGGCUAUGCUUACCAACUGUCUUUGUUUUGUACCUGGAGUGUUAGGUUUACUUUCGAGAAACAACAAAGAAUCGCAACGAUUCAUCAAGGUGAUCAUCGAUCUCGUAGCCAUAUCAGCCCAAGCAACUGGUUUUAUAGUUUGGCCGAUCAUAGAAGGGAGAGCAGAUCUGUGGAUCAUACCCAUAGCCAUUUUUCUAGUCUCGCUGGGUUGGUGGGAAAAUUACAUCUCCAAACACUCGCCUUUACCUUUUAUCAAGAAAUUAGGGAAGAUCAAAGAAACCUUUGACCAAACUAGGUACUUCACAUACAUGUUCAUAUCCACAUGGAAGAUCCUGUGCUUCUUGUUGACCAUGCUGUUCAUAAUCCUGGCCAGGGAAGGAGAACUAGGAUUUGUUUUCACAGAGUUCUCAGAAGGUUUCAAUGCUCAUCCCAUCACUAUACUUGAGAUCAAACCAGUUCUUGGCGGAACAUCCCUUCCAGACAUUUCCGAGAUUAUCCCAACUGGCGACGACACCGUGGUACCGUCCAGUGACAUAACCCCGAUUUACGUCUUAUUGAUCAACAUUGCCGGUUCAUAUUUCGCUUACAUCUUCGGAAAAUUCGCGUGUAAAAUCAUGAUUCAGGGAUUCUCCUAUGCCUUUCCAGUAAAUCUAACAAUUCCAGUCACAAUAUCCAUGCUUAUAGCAGCAUGCGGUUUGAGAAAUGGAGACCCUUGCUUCUUCCAUGAUACUAUCCCGGAUUACCUCUUCUUUGAAACACCCGCGGCUGUGUUCCUGAACGACUUUAUUUCACACCAGCACGCCUGGAUUUGGUUGUUAUGGUUGCUGAGUCAAACCUGGAUCACUAUCCACAUAUGGACACCAAAAUGCGAGCGUCUGGCGCGAACGGAGAAGUUGCAAGUCACGCCCAUGUACGAAGGUCUGCUAAUUGACCAAAGUAUGGGGAUGAACAGACGAAGAGAUGACGAAGCGGAUGUGAAACCAGAAGACUUGGAUGAAAUCCAGAAAGAAAAGGCUGAUGAAUAUUAUGAAACCAUCUCCAAUCAUACCGAUGGAUCUUCUCCGAAAACAGUUAAAAAUUCAGACCACAUAACAAGAAUCUACAGCUGUGCCACUAUGUGGCACGAAAACAAAGAAGAAAUGAUAGAGUUCUUGAAAUCUAUUCUCAGACUUGAUGAAGAUCAAUCGGCCAGAAGGGUAGCUCAGAAAUAUUUGAGAGUUGUAGAUCCAGAUUACUACGAAUUCGAAACUCAUAUUUUCUUCGAUGAUGCCUUUGAAAUAUCGGACCACAAUGACGAUGACACUCAAGUGAAUCGAUUCGUCAAGCUUCUUGUAGCGACCAUCGACGAAGCCGCUUCCGACGUCCAUCAAACACACAUCCGAGUUCGUCCACCGAAGAAAAUACCAACUCCUUACGGGGGGCGACUCAUUUGGUCUCUACCUGGUAAAACCAAGAUGAUCGCGCAUCUUAAAGAUAAAAUGAAGAUCAGGCACAGAAAGCGAUGGUCCCAAGUCAUGUACAUGUACUACCUGUUGGGUCACAGGCUCAUGGAACUGCCAAUAUCUGUUGAUAGAAAAGCUACCAUCGCCGAGAAUACCUAUUUAUUGACUUUGGAUGGAGACAUCGAUUUCCAGCCUUCAGCUGUGCUACUGCUUAUCGAUUUGAUGAAAAAGAACAAAAAUCUAGGAGCUGCUUGUGGACGUAUCCAUCCAGUUGGAUCUGGCCCUAUGGUGUGGUACCAACUCUUCGAGUACGCUAUUGGGCAUUGGCUGCAAAAAGCUACAGAGCACGUCAUCGGUUGUGUACUUUGUAGUCCAGGGUGCUUCUCUCUCUUUAGAGGAAAGGCUCUUAUGGAUGAUAAUGUCAUGAAAAAGUAUACCACAUGUUCUGCCGAAGCGAGACACUACGUGCAAUACGAUCAGGGAGAAGAUCGUUGGUUAUGUACGCUUCUCCUACAAAGAGGUUACCGUGUCGAAUACUCAGCCGCUUCCGAUGCCUACACCCACGCCCCCGAAGGUUUCAACGAGUUCUUCAACCAACGUCGUCGAUGGGUACCAUCCACCAUCGCUAACAUUAUGGAUCUGCUCAUGGACUCCAGACGAACUAUCGAUAUUAACGACAACAUAUCUAUGCCUUACAUCGGCUACCAAAUCCUUCUUAUGGGUGGUACCAUCCUUGGACCUGGUACUAUAUUUCUUAUGUUGGUGGGUGCCUUCGUGGCGGCUUUCCAGAUCGACAAUUGGACCAGUUUCUACUACAACAUCUACCCCAUUCUCUUCUUCAUGCUUGUCUGCUUCACUUGUAAAUCUAACAUACAGCUGUUAGCCGCACAAAUAUUAUCCACUGGUUACGCGCUUAUUAUGAUGGCCGUAAUUGUUGGUACGGCGUUGCAGUUGCGCGAGGACGGCGUGGGAUCACCGUCAGCCAUUUUCUUGAUAGCCAUGACGGGUUCCUUCUUCAUAGCAGCCUGUUUGCAUCCCCAAGAGUUUUGGUGUAUCGUUCCUGGUAUCAUCUACUUGUUGUCCAUACCUUCUAUGUACCUUUUGUUGAUUCUCUACUCCAUCAUCAACCUUAACAACGUUUCUUGGGGAACUCGAGAAGUUGCAGUCAAAAAGACCAAAAAGGAACUUGAAGAAGACAAGAAAGCAGCUGAGUUAGCGCAAAAGCAAAAGAAACAAAAAUCCCUGCUAGGAUUCUUACAAGCUGGAGGUACCAAUGACGAUGACGAGGGAAGUAUUGAAAUCUCCCUUGCUGGAUUGUUUAGAUGUAUGCUUUGUACACAUCAAAAAUCUGGGGAUGAAAAAGCGCAACUUAUGCACAUAGCUGAUUCUUUGGACAGCCUUUCCAAACGUUUAGACCACAUUGAAAAAGUCAUCGAUCCAGUAGGACACACUUCUAGAAGAAGGAGCAUGUCUGCUUCUUCCCGUCAAGGCGAUCCUCAUUUGAAGCCCGUCACCGAAGAAGAGGAAGAAGGAGAAUCUUCGGUCGAGUCGGACUCUGAGACUGCUUCUACUCUUCCCAAAAACAAGAGGGACGACCUGAUCAAUCCGUACUGGAUUGAAGACCCAGAUGUUGGAAAAGGAGAGGUGGAAUAUCUAAGCAGCAAUGAGAUGCAGUUCUGGAAGGACCUUUUGGAGAAAUAUCUAUUUCCUCUCGAUGAAAACAAGGAGGAGAAGGCCCGUAUAGCAUCAGAUUUGAAGGAACUCCGAGACCAAUCAGUGUUUGCUUUCUUUAUGAUGAACGCCCUGUUCGUGCUAAUAGUAUUUUUGCUGACCUUGAAAAAGGACUAUCUUCACAUCAAAUGGCCGUUCGGCGUUAGAACCAAUAUAACUUACGACGAGAGCACACAAGAGGACAGAAUAGCGAAAGAUUUGAUCGAACUGAGAAAUAAGUCAGUUUUUGCUUUCUUCAUGUUCAAUGCCCUUUUCGUGUUAGUCGUGUUUCUUCUGCAACUUAAUAAGGAUCAAAUCCAUGUUAAGUGGCCUCUCGGAGUGCGAACUAAUAUUACUUAUAUUGAGGAGACGGCCGAGGUGCACAUCACCAAAGAAUACUUGCAACUGGAACCGAUCGGUUUGGUCUUUGUAUUCUUCUUCGCCCUUAUCUUGGUUAUACAGUUCACCGCCAUGUUGUUCCAUCGUUUUGGUACCAUAGCCCACAUCUUGGCAUCUACAGAGCUCAACUGGUCUUGCACCAAGAAGAAGGAAGAAAUGUCCCCUAACGCUCUACUGGACAAGCAAGCCAUAGAAAUCGUCAAGCAACUGCAAAAACUGCAAGGAAUCGACGGCGACUACGACAACGACUCAGGCUCAGGUCCCGACCGCAUCGGCAGGAGGAAAACUAUCCAGAACUUAGAAAAGGCGGCGCAGAAGAAGAGGCAAAUAGGAACUUUGGACGUAGCGUUCAAGAAACGAUUCGCCAAACUCAACGCUAACCCAGAAGGAGGUACUCCACUGCUGAGCAGGCGAAUGACCAUGCGACGGGAAACGAUGAAAGCUCUAGAAGUGAGAGUGAACUCGGUCAUGGCAGAACGAAGGAAGUCAAACAUGCAAACCCUAGGCGCGAAGAACGAAUUCGGGAACAAUAACGUAGCUCAGAGAAACCACAGGAACAGUGUAGCGAGCAGUAUACCCGCCAAGGAGGUGUUUGAGAACGGACACGUGAACCAGGCCUUUGAGGAAGAGACGACUUACGGGAGCAGGAACUCCUUGCCGAUGCACCCGAGGGCUAACGUGACGUGGAAAGGGACCAAUAGUAGGAUGUAAAGGUUCAGAGUUUGGACUGUUAAAUUAUUUUUCUAGGGCUGAAGCAAUUUUUAUACCACUUUUUUAGUUUCAAAUUUAUUAUCGUUGAUACAAAGCUUCCCUGUGGCACGAGUUACUAAAAACGUUACUAAAAACUAAGUGUCAAACUUAACUAUAGGAAAUUACUUUUUUUUGAAGACUAGUUUGUGAUAUUGUAUCGUUUUUUUUUCGCUGUGAGCUAUCGACUCGAAUUUUAAAUUUAGCGCUUAUUCAAAAAUUUAUAGCUAAAUAAAUUUUAAAUUUUGGUUGAGACAACGACGAUACUCUUUGAAUACUCAUUUUAAUUGUUCGCUACUCCCAACUGCCUUUUUUUUAGUCAUAAUUAUUGUAAAUAUUUUUUCCUAGAUUUCCUUUAGAUUUUUUUUUUUUUGUAUUUUAC